AUGGUCGCUCGUGAAGAUAUCCCUUCCAAGGUCCCCGACCUCGUCGUUGCGAAAGUCAACAGUGACAAUGAAGUUUCCGAGCAAGCAGCUCCCUAUGUCAACGCUGUGUACUUUGUCAACUGGGGUAUUUAUGGUCGAAACUACCAGCCAAUGAACCUUCCCGCUGCUCAGCUGACUCACGUGCUAUAUGCUUUUAUGAAUGUGAGAGCUGAUGGAACAGUCUUUACCGGCGACUCGUAUGCCGACCUUGAAAAGCACUACACUGGUGACUCAUGGGAUGAGCCCGGCCAAAAUGCCUACGGAUGCGUCAAGCAACUCUUCCUCCUCAAGAAGGCCAACCGCAAGCUCAAGGUCAUGCUCUCCAUCGGCGGUUGGACAUGGUCCACCAAUUUCCCUGCCGCCGCCAGCACAGCCGCGUCCCGAACGACCUUCGCCCAGAGCGCUGUUACCCUGAUGAAGGAUUGGGGCUUUGAUGGUAUCGACGUCGACUGGGAAUACCCUGCCAACGAUGCUGAGGCGAAUAACAUGGUUCUUUUGCUCCAGGCUGUGCGCAAGGAGCUCGAUGCUUACUCGAAGCAAUAUGCAAACGGAUAUCACUUCCAGCUGUCCAUUGCUGCGCCUGCUGGACCGGAGAACUAUGGCAAGCUUAAGAUGAAGGAGCUUGGCUCUGUCCUUGACCAUAUUAACUUGAUGGCCUAUGACUACGCCGGCGCUUGGAGUGCUUUCUCUGGUCAUCAAGCUAACAAAUACGCCAACGCCAAGAUUCCCAACGCCACGCCUUUCAAUACUGACCAAGCCGUCAAGGCCUACGUUGGCGGUGGCGUGCCUUCUGGAAAGAUGGUUCUCGGCAUGCCCAUCUACGGUCGCGCAUUCCAAAACACCGCCGGUCUCGGACAGCCUUACACUGGCGUCGGGUCCGGCAGCUGGGAAAACGGCAUCUGGGACUACAAGGUCCUCCCCAAGCCUGGGGCCAGCCUUGUUUAUGAUCGAGAUGCCCAGGCUUCUUACAGCUACGACGCCAAUACCAAAGAGCUCAUCUCAUUCGAUACGCCCGGUAUGGUCGAGAACAAGGUUCUCUAUGUGAAGAACAAGUCGCUUGGAGGAAGCAUGUUCUGGGAGGCAUCUGCUGACAAGACGGGUGCUGACUCUCUUCUUGGCACGAGCGCUAAGAGCCUUGGGUCUUUGGAGAAGAGCAACAACUGCCUUACAUACCCGAACUCUCGAUAUGCGAACAUUGCCAAGGGCCUUAACUAG